AUGUCUGACCCGUCGGACGAAUCCACGCGACCGGCGAAACGCGCGCGCCUCGACGAUAAUGCCGCUCCCUCGCUCUCCACUACCUCGACAUCAGCUCCGAACACAGCUCCGAUUCCCACGGCCUCGAUUCUCUCGGCACCAGCAACCAUUGACACGGAUCUGGAGCGCGAAGUACGCGCCGGUAUAACCGAAUAUGUCUGCCCGGAUAACCUGGGUUUUACGGGGGUGCUGAAGCAGAGGUAUACGGAUUUUUUGGUCAAUGAGAUUGGGUUGGAUGGGCAGGUGCUGCAUUUGAAGAGCACGGAGGUAGUGGAUAAGAAGAAGGCUGGGAAGGAGGAUGUUGAAAAUACAAAUGGUGCAGGUGGAAAGAAGCCUGAGAGUACGGCAGCGACUGAGGAGACGGUCGAUGCUGUUAUGCAGGAUGCGGGUGUUGUUGGUGAGACUACGCUUGCGGUGCCCGAGCCGGUAAAGGUGGAAGAUGCGCCGAAGGAGGAGGAGAAUGGUGGGGAGGAGAUUAUUGGGAAACCGCCGGUAGCUCAGGAAGAGCCUGAAGAACAGUUGCCGGAAGAAGAUCGCAAUAUUCUCCACUCGAUAUUCGGCGAACAGACUACCGACGAGAUCGUAAAACUUGUCAGACAAGUACGGAGAAAGGAAUCGCGAAAGGCAAAAGACUUCAAAGCCGUCAUAUCAUCGCCCAUAACCGACAAAGACAAGCGUACCCAAGCGCACCAGAGUCUACGUCGGAUCUUUCCCAACCUCCUCGAGAGCGCGAUGGAGGAGAACCAGACUAUACGCAUCAAGGCCACUCCACCAGCAGAGCGCAAAAAGAAGAAGGGCAAGGGCGGCGCAAAGGAUCGCGAGAACCAGGGAGGCCGACGCGGAGGUCAAGAUUGGGAGGAGCUUGGUGGUGAAUACCUGCACUUCAACCUGUACAAGGAGAACAAGGAUACAAUGGAAGUUGUAGGGUUCCUAGGGAGCAAGCUCAACUGCGGCGCCAAGGGCUUCGGCUUCGCAGGCACAAAAGACAGACGAGCAUGCACCGUCCAAAGAGUCUGCGUCAAGCGCCAAUUAGCCCAGCGCAUCCAGAACUUCAACAAGAUCCUGUUCAAUGCCGCCGUAGGAGACUUUGAAUACCGCCACAACGACCUAAAGCUAGGAGACCUGAUGGGCAACGAGUUCACCAUCACCCUCCGCGACUGCCAUUUCCAAAGCGAGGAAGGACUAGACUUUGCUCAGCGAAGUAAAUUGGCCCACGAUGUAGUCAGCAAAGCCAUCACCGACUUCUCCCAAAAAGGCUUCAUCAACUACUACGGUCUCCAACGCUUCGGCUCCUUCGCCGCCAGCACCGACGCCAUCGGCCGCAAGAUGCUACAAGACGACCUCAAAGGCGCAGUAGAAGACCUCCUCGCAUACAGCGACACCGCCCUCGCCUCUGCCCUAAACCCGUCCGAGUCCACAACUCUAGUCUCUCAAGACGACCGCAACCGCGCCCACGCCCUGCACAUCUGGAAAACCAAAGGCUCCGGCACCGAAGCCCUCGACUUCCUGCCCCGCAAAUUCACCGCAGAACGAAACAUAAUCCAGCAUCUAAGUUCGCGCAAUAGUAAAUCAGGCCGCUACGACCGCAAAUCAGACUGGCAAGGCGCACUCAUGACAAUCCCGCGUACACUGCGUUUAAUGUACGUCCACGCCUACCAAUCCCUCGUCUGGAACAGCGUAGCAGGCAAACGCUGGGCUACCCACGGCGAUAAGGUCGUCGCAGGCGACCUCGUCCUCGUAAACGAACACCGCGACAAAGAACAAGGCAGUACAGCCUCAAUACCAAAAGCAACACACGACCAAGACGGCGAACCCAUCAUCGAUCCCUCCGGCGACGACUCUUCCCUUGCUCCCGACGCGGAUUUCGAACGCGCGCGUCCGCUUACUGCUGAGGAAGCGGCCAGUGGGGAGUAUAGUAUCUGGGACGUUGUGCUGCCGCAACCGGGCUUCGAUGUCGAGUACCCUAGAAAUGAGAUUGGGGAGUACUACAAGACUUUUAUGGGGAGUGAGAAGGGUGGGGGGUUGGAUCCGUAUAACAUGCGGAGGAGUUGGAGGGAAGUCAGUCUAAGCGGGGGUUACAGAAAGUUCCUAGCCCGGCCACUUCAACCGCUUGAGUUCAAGGUUCAUAGUUAUAGGAAGGUGGAUGAGCAGUUUGUUCAAACAGACUUGCAAAGCCUGGGCCGCGAGAGAGAUGUUGGAAAGAAAGAUGGGGGUAAAGAGGAUGGGAAGGAGGGAGAGAUUGCAGACGCGCAGAUGGAGGACGGAGAGGAGAAGGAAGAGGCGGGAGAGGAAAAGAUUGCUGUGGUGAUCAAGUUGCAGUUGGCGAGUAGCCAGUAUGCUACUAUGGCGUUGAGGGAGCUGAUGAAGGCGGGGGGUGUUAAGGCGUUUAAGCCGGAGUUUAUGGGUGGGAGGUAG